GUGAAGUUAUCAUAUAGAUGAGAGAGAAAAUAAUGACAAUGUUAAUUACCAAAAUUUUUUGACAUAGUAUUUUGGAUAAGUAUUUAGACAGUAAAAGACUUACUUUAUUCAGCUGCCAGGCUGUUUUCAUUUUUCUGCAACAAAUUUAAAGUAUAAAAGUUGGAAAUGUCUAGCUUUUUGUAUAUACACCAAGUGUUAUAAGCUUUGUUUUGUAGAAAAAAUGUGAGAGCAAUGCCAUCUUUAGCUUAAUUAUUGCCUGUAGUGAUACUUGAAUAUAAUACCAUGAAUAGAUAAUAUAUAUAUAUUGGAAGCAUCAUGGAGCCAGUUCGCUUUGGAAGUGACUUCAAAAAUCAACCUCGCAUUGGUCAAAGAUAUAUACAGUCUACAGCUGGUGCAGUUUCUCUUAAAUCAACAAAAGGAGAUUUGCUUGUUCAAAAGGUCAGUGUCAAAAGAUAUAUUGCUGGAAAAAAACCUGAGUGGGCACCUGAACAUUCAAGUGAAGAAGAGAGUGAAGAUGAAGCUGAAGAUGAAAUUGAAGAUGAAGGCGAUUCUCCACGACAGGUUCAUGUUGCUGAUAUUGAGGAUGAUUUACCUGAAGAAGUCGAAAGGCAAGAUCAUGGCCAACGAAAAAUAUACGAACCUCGCAUCGUGACUAAACAUGACGAUGAUGAGGAUGAUGUGGUAGAAGAACAUGAGCACAAAAUUAACUGGGCGAAAAAUACUGAAAGUAGCGAAGGUGAAGAAGAAGAAGAAGAAAAGGAAGAAGAUAUGUUAGAUGAAGAUGUUAUUGAAAGAAGAAGGCAAUUGCUUAAAGCGAAAGCUAAAACACAAAAUGCAGAAGAAAAGGAUCUUCUUGAUAUUGAAGAAGAGGACGAUGAUGAAGAAGAAGAAGAUGACGAGUCAUCAGAAUACGAAGAGUACAGUGACUCUGAUGAAGAAAAUGGACUUCGAUUGAAACCUGUAUUUGUGAGGAAAAACGACCGUGUGACCGUUCAUGAGCGUGAAAAGAUGCAAGAAGAUGACAUGUCCGAAGAGAAACACAAGAAGCUUGUCGAAGAAAGAAAAAGACAGUCUGCUAGGUUGGUGAAUGAGAUCAUGCGUGAUGAACUGAAAGAAGUUCAGGGAGUUGAGCAAGAAGAGAACCUGGUGAUCACAGACGAUGAAAACGAUGAAGAGGAGUACGAAGCUUGGAAAGUCAGAGAAUUAAAAAGAAUCAAAAGAGACAAAGAGGAGAAAGAACAGCGUAUAAAAGAGAAACUGGAGAUAGAGCGACUUCGUGCUAUGACUGAGGACGAGAGAAGGGAAGAGCUUCGAAAAAAUCCAAAAAUUAUCACUAACAAAAGUGCAAAGGGAAAAUAUAAAUUCCUUCAGAAAUAUUAUCACAGAGGAGCAUUCUUUAUGGACAAAGAAGAAGAAAAGUAUAAAGAAGAUUUUACUGGUGCAACUCUCGAAGAUCAUUUCGACAAGACAGUCUUACCCAAAGUCAUGCAAGUCAAGAACUUCGGAAGAUCGGGAAGGACCAAGUACACUCAUCUUGUAGAUCAAGAUACCACCCAGGUGGAUUCCCCAUGGUUUGCCGAGACGGCGCAGAGCAUGAAAUUUCACGCUAAAAUUGGUGGAGGACAAAAACAAACUUUCCAGAAACCGUCGACGAAAAAAAGAUAAUCCUAGCCCAUGUUCACAUGAAUAAUAGCGUGGUUAAUCUCGCACAAAUCUAUGAAAAGUGGUCUGCUGCUGUUCAUUGCGUUCUGCCGUUAUCAGGGACUCACGUUAUCAGGGACGUGGUAACUGCGAAAAUCGAGUAGACAGUUUUGAAAUUUGAACAAAUUUAAUUUGGUGCAAUUAUAAUGUGAUUACAAUUGGAAUACAACACGAAUUUUGUUCA